CAGUACUCAGUGUGUUUAUUUCUGUCCUCUUGCUGCCCCGCCCUUUCUGGGCCGCGAGCGGAAGGGACCGGAUGGAGGCGCCUCGCGGAUAGGCUCUCCGUCCCUCCCUCCCUCUGUCUGUCAGUCAGGCAGGCACUCCCUCCUGCCUUUCCUCAGGAGAAGAGCGGCAGGUCAGUCUGUGAGGGGAGAAGAAGUGGAGGAGGUGGGCCCAAGGAGGCUCUGCGGCCCAGGCGGAGAGAGGCCCAGAAGGAGCCUUCAUAGGAGGCCCAGAACCAGGCCGAGCUCUGGGAUAAGGGGAGAGUAGCCUCAUCUCUUCUCUCUCUCUCUCAAGAAGGCUCCACACUGACAAUGGCAUCCAGGGAUGAUGACAAGAAAGUGACCCCUGUACUUCGAGUAAGUCAGCUUGAUGCUCUUGAGUUAAAUAAAGCCCUGGAAGAGUUGGUGUGGUCCCAAUUUACUCGAUGUUUUCAUGGAUUUAAACCUGGACUCCUGGCUCGAGUUGAACCUGAGGUGAAAGCAUUUCUGUGGCUUUUUUUGUGGAGAUUCACCAUCUACUCCAAAAGUGCAACAGUGGGACAAAGUAUUCUUAACAUUCAGUACAAGAAUGACUUAUCCCAGAUGGAGAAAUACCAGACAUUGAGCAAACAACAGAAAUGGUGGUAUCUUAUUUGUAUUGUUGGCGGGAAGUGGCUAGAAGAAAGGUGUUACGAUUUAUUUAGCUAUCGUCCAUUGGAAUCAUUCCAGAAGACAAAGUACAUCAUUAAUUUAGUCGUUGGACUUCUCAAACUUGGUGAAUUGCUGAACUUCCUAGUUUUUCUUCAGAAAGGAAAGUUUGCGACACUCACCGAACGUAUUUUGAGAAUCCGGUCUGUGUUUUGUAAGCCACAAGGGAUUCGUCAAAUUGGAUUUGAUUACAUGAACAGAGAACUCUUGUGGCAUGGAUUUGCCGAAUUUCUGAUUUUUCUUUUACCCCUUAUUAAUAUGCAAAAACUCAGGCUCAGAAUUUCUUCGUGGUCUUUACCAGUUACUGGACAUACUAAGAAUGAAAAUAGUUUAAUGAUAUGCUACAAGGAAUGUUCUCAGUGUGGCGAAUGGCCUACUAUGCCUCACACCAUAGGUUGUUCUCAUGUUUUUUGUUACUAUUGUGUCAAAAGUAACUACUUACAUGAUAUGUACUUUACCUGUCCUAAAUGUGGCACAGAGAUGCAAGAUCUACAGCCAUUAAAAUAUAAAAUUGAAAUGAAAGAGGUAAAUACACAAUAGAAAUUUUCCUCAAGUUCAUUAUUUAGUAUAAAUUGUGAAAUCUGUUUCUCUAUAGCAAUGUUUCAAUUCAGCUUUGAUUGUAAUAAUUAUGACCUUUUUAUGUUAUAUUGGUGGAUACUGUUUUAUAAAUUCAUGGUAAAUGCUUCAUGAACUGUAAAGUUACUGUAAUUUUUGCAAUAUAAGAAACUUUAUAAUAAAUUAAAAAUAAAAGCAUAA